AUGGCGUCUGCUAUCCUCCCCCUGGCUGAAAUCCCUACAUUGUCUCUACUCUAUCGUCUUAGGCAUCUUACGGCAGCGGCUACCCCGCAGGUCUCCACGCCAUCGCAACGACUCAACGAUAUCAUCAGCCAUGUAACCCAUGAUAUCACCCGGCUCGAAGUUGACUGCAUCGUGAAUGCCGCGAAUGAAUCCCUUCUCGGUGGCGGAGGCGUCGACGGGGCCAUCCAUCGAGUAGCGGGCCCAAACCUGCUGCGAGAGUGUCGUACACUUGAUGGAUGCCAGACGGGUGAUGCCAAGAUCACGGAUGCCUAUGAAUUGCCAUGCAAAAAGGUCGUCCAUGCCGUGGGACCCGUAUACGUGAUGGAAAGGUUUCGUGGAGGUCCUGGUCGGGGUGAUGUGCGAAGACCAGAGAUGUUGCUGAGAGGCUGCUACCAACGCAGCCUGGAACUCUCAGUCGCCAAUGGGGCAAAGAGUAUCGCCUUUUCGUCGAUUAGUACCGGGGUUUAUGGGUAUCCAAGUGUCGAGGCGGCCACUGUGGCGAUCAAGGUGGUGAGAGAGUUCCUUGAGUCCCAUCCCGAGUCAUUGGAGAGGGUCAUCUUCUGUACUUUUGAGAGAAAAGAUUGCAGGGCAUAUGAUAUGCUCCUCCCUCAAUAUUUCCCUCCCACUGAACAGGAUCUUCCGCCUUCCACGACCACUAAGGCAGAAGAAACAGAAACUGGAGCUGGCGUUCCACAUACCCCCGAGAUCCUCGCCGCCAGUCUUCCUGAUGCGCCAACAUCUGAACCAGUGACUCAGGGUAGUGGCUCCACGGCUAAAAAGGCAAAGCUGGCCCAAGAUAAUAGCACCAUCACUGCUCGAGACCUCGAAGAUGACGAUGAUUGGGAAAAGGUUGACCAACCAGUGAACACUAAGGAGAACCUCGACGACGAUCCGGUGGAAGUUGAUAACGGUCCAACCGCGGCAGACGUCCAGAGCGUUUCCAGUGCCGCCGAUCUCGAAUCCUCUCAUGAAGGGAAAUUCAGAUAA